AUGCCUACGGAAACACUUCAGUACAGAGAUCACAAGCUCCAAACAGUGACAAUAUCCACUGUAUCAGACAACCUCAAUGCAGGCUAUUGGGUGAUCCUGAUCCACGGCGGAGCCUGGAGAGACCCAACACAAACAGCCGCCUCAUACGUCGCGCCGGCAGAGUCCAUCCUCACCACAUCCCCAACAUACACCUCCACGACCCUCCCACACAUCGCGGCCUUCGCAUCGAUCGAGUACCGAUUGAGUGCCCAUCCGGGUUACCCACAGAAUCCCGAUCACACGGAUCCUACUGAAUACCGCAAUGCCAAACAUCCAGACCAUAUCCGCGACGUGCAAGCAGCCCUGGCUCUUCUGCAGCGCAAGUAUGGGUUCGGGAGCAAGUAUAUCCUCGUCGGGCACAGCGCUGGUGCGACUUUGGCCUUUCAAUCGGUGAUGGGGGCUUGCCGAGACAGCGCUGCUGCUGUCGCUUCUCCUCCGGUCGCGAUACUGGGGAUGGCGGGUAUUUAUGAUUUACGACUUCUGCGUGAUACCCAUCGGAAUAUUUCUGCGUAUCAAGAGUUUAUUGAAGGGGCUUUCGGUUCUGACGAAGCGCUGUGGGAUGCCGCUUCCCCUGCCUCUGUGAAAGGCUCUGAGGGAGUUGAGGGAGGAUGGACGUCUGGUCGACUGGCUGUGCUGGCGCACUCGGCCGAAGAUGGGCUUGUGGACGCUGCCCAGCAGCAGGCGAUGCAAGCUGCGCUAAGUCGCUGGGAGGACAGCACACCGCAAGGUAGUGGCCAGAGACGAGUUGAAAUGCUCUCUCUCAAAGGCGACCAUGAUGACGCCUGGAUGAAGGGAGACGAGCUGGCAAGGGCCAUUGCUCAUACGUUAGCGGAACUACAGAAACAGUAG